CUCCUUCACUCAAUCUCAUCCAUUCCAGAAAGCCACAAACGCAGUGGCUUGUCGAUCAGCGGCCAGGGAGGCAAAUAAUCGCCGUCUUCUCCGCAUUCUUGGCGCAGGACAAGUUUCCUGACUGCUCCGCCCUCGCUUAUGCUUGUGUCUCAGUGGUGAGACCAGCCGGUGAUGUUUUUUUUCCUAUUGGGCAUCCGACAUUCAGAUCUUGGCUGCAGCUUUGUUGGAAGGAAAUGGCGUUGAAGAUAAAAGGCGGGCUUUUCCGGGAUAGCAGUAUGGAUAACUCGUUUUGAAUUGCAAAAGAGUAGGGAAGACUUCGCGGUAUACAAUGAAACAGGUUCUCUUGUUCUCGUUGCUUGUUGGCUUUAAAACAGUCAACGGCGAUACCUCAUCCUGUUCAGCUCCCCCGGCCACCCUCGCGUUGAGUGACCCUCCCUACAACAACUACUUCUACUCGGACUGCAAUGUCGCAGCUCAGGUGGUGGUCACCAGCCCGCUCGCCGAUAGCGACCUGACCGUCAUCGGUCCAAGGUUGAUCGUCGCCUGGCCCGCUGGCAACAGCGGUGCGUGUGCGUUCUUCGCACCGCAGAGUGGCGUCAACGGCACCCUGGCCAUCGAGCUCGUCAACUCGACCGUAGGGACUCCCCUGGCGGCUGUCAACUCGUCUCAAGCAGGGGUCGAGACCACGACAACGCCGGCUGUUGGCGUCUCCGGCGUCUUGCGCUUCAAUGCCUCUGCGGUCCUGACACUCCCCAUCCUGGGGAGUGUCCGGACAAUCCGCGACUUUGUCGAGGGGGCCAGCAUCUUGCGGCCAGAGAUCCAAGAUGCCAUCACCGUGUCAACUCUUGCAGACGGCAGUGUUGCCUUGCAGCGUCUGUGGCUCGACAACGUCACGACGUCCACCCUCAGCUUUGCGCCUUGGAACGAGAACAAUCGCUCGUCUUCUUCUUCUUCUGCCUCGGGCUCGGUCACUCUCAACAACCAGACAGUGCAGUUCGAACAGGGCGAUUACCUCUUUUCAGCUACAAUCGACUACCCGCAGCUGACCCAGCUCACACCUGCCCAGGACCUCAAUGAUAACUCCUCGGACCUGAUCGUGCAGUACCCCGACCAGACCACCGCGCUCUCCUUUCUCUCGUACUCGGAAAAGCUUCUUGCCGGGGCAUGGCGCUUCCUCACCUACUUUGGGCGCGACUCGAUGAUCUCCGCCUUGCUGCUCGAGCCGGUGCUCAGUUAUGGCAACGGCAGCGCCAUCGAGGCCGUCAUCGGCGCAGUCUUGGAGAGGAUUGAUCGGACGGAUGGGAGUGUCUGUCAUGAAGAAACCAUCGGAGACUAUGCGACCUGGACGAAUCUGCAAAAUAAUAUCAUCAGCACAGCCAUGUCGUGCAGCUACGGAAUGAUUGAUACAGACUACUAUCUUCCAGUUCUGAUGCAGAAGUACUUUGUCGACAACCAUGUAGGAAAGACCAGAUUCUCUGUCUUUUCCAAAAUCUCUGCCGGGUCAAUUGACUCUGCCAAUCUAAACCUCACGUACGGCCAGCUUGCUCUGAUCAACGGCGAGAAGAUCAUGCGUCUUGCGGCCCCGUUCGCGAGUAACCAGACCAAGGAAAACCUUGUCCAUCUGAAAGACGGCCAAAUCGUAGGCCAAUGGCGAGAUAGCACUUAUGGUAUCGGCGGUGGCCGGAUUCCCUUUGACGUGAACACGGCCUUGAUGCCGGCAGCGUUGCGGUCUAUUGCCGUUCUGGCUCGCAAUGGCAUCUAUGCAAAUCAUUCCAACUGGGGAGAGCUUGCAGAUAACUAUGCUCAAGUCUGGGAAGACUCAACCCUUCAGUUCUUCGAGGUCACCGUACCCCAAGCUGAAGCAAGACAGCGCGUCGUCUCAUACAGCGCAAGCAGCAACUUCACGGGACCCAACCAGACAACAACCAUCGACGAGGACGUCCGCUUCUACGCGCUCUCGCUCGACGGGUAUGACGAUCUGGCCCAGGUCCAGGUCAUGCACACGGACGACUGCUUCCGCCACCUCCUGCUCAACACGACCAACCAGACGCAGCUGUCCACCUUGCUCAACGCGACGGCCAAUAACCUCCGCCGCACCUUUCCAGCCGGCCUUCUCACGGAUGUCGGCAUGCUGAUCGCCAACCCGGCGUACGGGCCUGACCCGGUCUACGCGCAGAACUGGACCACGGGCGCCUACCACGGGACAGUGGUGUGGUCAUGGCAGAUGGCGAUGAUGGCCAAGGGGCUAGAGCUGCAGCUGAGCCGGUGCAACGACAGCAAUGCGAAUGUGCCCGACUUUUGUCAAGAUCCAUUCAUCUACAAUAAUGUCCGCAGCGCGUACAAUACCCUCUGGGACAGCAUCGAGGCCAACACGGCCGAGCUCUCGACGGAAAUGUGGUCGUGGGUGUAUGACGGUGGCUUCCAGGUCGAGCAGUUGGCUGAACUCCCGCCUCCCCCUGGCGUGUCAGGGCAGACUGAAUCCGAUAUCCGACAACUGUGGUCGUUGACUUUUUUGGCUGUCAGCCGUCUAGCCGUUUAGCAUGAACUACAUCGUGAUGAGGUUUUGCAAGGUUGAAA